AUUGAACCUCAAGAUAACUUUCAAAAAUUUUUUUUUUCCUGUUUCUUAGCAACCCGAACACGUGAUAAACACACGUGACAAGCACAUGCAAAAAGAACGUGACUAAAUAUUUUACUCAUCUCUUUUCUUCAAAAUAUUAUCAAUAUAAAAGUAUUUCAUAAUAGUCGUAGUAAAAGAUAUAGAUCAAAAUAUAAAUAAAACCAGAUGAGACAAAAGAGAGCCAAGUCGUAUAAGAAGCAAAUAAAUGUAUAUGUGCAUACAUUUAAAUUCAGAGAACCAUUCCAAACAAUUGUUGAUUCUGAAUUAAUUCUCACAUGUCAAAAGGCAUCAUUUGAUAUUGUAAAAGGAUUAAACCGUACAGUUCAAUCUGAAACGAAACCGAUGAUUACCCAAUGUUGUAUGCAAGCUCUUUAUAGUUCAGGAAACCAAGAAGCUAUUAGUAUUGCCAAAGGGUUCGAAAGAAGACGUUGCAACCAUCAACCAUCAAGUCCUGAAGAACCUGCUGCAUGUAUCGAAUCGAUUGUUGCUAUCGAUGGGGAAAACAAGCAUAGAUACAUUGUAGCAUCACAAGAGCAUGAACUCCGUAAGACACUUAGAAAGAUACCAGGGGUACCACUCAUUUUCAUGAAUAGAUCGGUAAUGGUAAUGGAACCUCUUUCAUAUGCAAGUGCUAAAUUUUCAGAAAAUUUCGAAUCAAAGAAACUUACUCAAGGUUUAAAUAAUACUAAGAAAGUUAAACCAAAUAAUCAAUCUAAUGAUAAACCAUUAAUACAAGUCACAACUGAAGGUGCUAAAAAACGUAAGGGACCCAAGGCCCCUAACCCACUUAGUAUGAAGAAGAAAAAAGUUGAACCUUCAACUAAUAAUAAAAUUUCUAAACCAGAAACCAAGAGAAGAAGAAAGCAUCGUACAAAUAACGAUUCAAAUGAAUCAAAGGCUCAAGAAUCAUCAACCAAUGCUUAAUACACCUAUAUAGAAUAGCAAU